CAAUAUGGCUGACACUAGGACCGGAAGCAGUGGUUCUAAGUCAAAUAUUUCAGAAUUUCUCAAGAUAGAGUAUUCAAGAUGCAUGAUAUGUGAUGGGUUUUAUGGCUCCAACUUCGGCCAGCCUGUGUGUAGCACCUGCCAUUUGUUCCUAUUUACAUCAGACAUCAAUUCAGAAGAUGGAGAACAGGAAAUUUAUAAUGAGAAGGCAGAUUCGGAUGCUGACUCGGGAAAUGAGGAGCCUGGAGCAGCAUUUGACUUUUACACAAAUGGAAGUCAGGAUGCCCAGGAGACCAGGAGGGUGAAAUCUGGUGUCACUCACAAGAUGGACAAACUCACAGAACGUAUAUCCUCACUUACAAUGCCAAGAGAAAAAGACACAGUGCCUGAAGGCUUGGUGGAUUCCAUGCCCCCAGAAGUGCUUUUAGUAGUAUUUAAGUACCUGGACGAUAUUUCACUGUGGACAGCUGGACGGGUAUGUUCAAGAUGGAGACAAAUUUUGGAAGGGGAGACAACCGACUCCCAAUGGAAGGAAUUUUGUAAACUGCGUUGGCCACUUUUUUACCCACAGUACAGAGUGAAGACAUGGAAAACAAUUUACACAAAAUUGCUAGAGAGCUCCCCUUGUAAAUACUGUUUAGAGAGCAUGAUGUUACAGAGUACCCCACCAAUAGAGGAGAACUCCUGGCGACAUCGCAGACUAAGGAGUGAGCUGAAGACCCUGAAGUCAGACCCUCCAGAGGGUAUAAAAGCUACUCCUCUAGACCGACACUGUUGUCACUGGCAGGCUUCCAUCACUGGUCCCCAGGGAAGUCCUUACGAGGGAGGACUGUUUCUGUUAUAUUUACAGAUACCACAAAGUUAUCCAAUGAGACCUCCAAAAGUACGAUUCAUUACAAAGAUAUUUCAUCCGAAUAUCAGUCGCCAUGGAGACGUAGGCUUGGACUCUAUACAUCACAACUGGAGUUUAGCACUGACAAUAUCUAAAGUGUUGAUAAGCAUUCAGUCAUUAUUAACAGAUCCAUACUGUCAUGUUUGUAUGGAGCCAACAGUAGGACAAUUGUAUGCUCAAAACAGGAAUGAAUUCAACAGGAUAGCACGAUUAUGGACAUGGAAAUAUGCUAUGCAUGAUUUCCUCAUGCCAAUGAACAUAGAUCUGAAUGGAGUAUAGGAUGGGGUGUAUACUCUAGACCAAUACUAAUGUAAUGGGGUAUAGGAUGAAGUGAAUGCUCUAGACCAAGACUUCUGUAAUGGAGUAUAGGAUGAAGUGUAUACUCUAGACCAAGACUCUGUAAUGGAGUAUAGGACGAAGUGUAUACUCUAGACCAAGACUUCUGUAAUGGGGUAUAGGAUGAAGUGUAUACUCUAGACCAAGACUUCUGUAAUGAAGUAUAGGAUGGAGUGUAUACUCUAGACCAAGACUUCUGUAAUAGAGUAUAGGAUGAAGUGUAUACUCUAGACCAAGACUUCUGUAAUGGGGUAUAGGAUGAAGUGUUUACUCUAGACCAAGACUCUGUAAUGGGGUAUAGGAUGAAGUGUAUACUCUAGACCAAGACUCUGUAAUGGAGUAUAGGAUGGAGUGUAUACUCUAGACCAAGACUCUGUAAUGGGGUAUAGGAUGAAGUGUAUACUCUAGACCAAGACUGUAAUGGGGUAUAGGAUGGUGGAUAUACUCAAGGUCAAGACCUUGGUAUUGAUUAAAAAAUCAGCAGUGGAAAGAACAAUUAAAUAGGAUAGUCAGUCAAAUUUUGUUUAAUCCAAAACCUUCAUUAGUUUGGAAACUGAUGAGUGAAUGGUUUACCCCAAACAAGCGUGUGAUCAGGAUUCUAUUUUCUGUAAUGUCUGAUUUGGUAGAUACAUCAUGCAUUCAUUUAAAAAUCAAACUACAAUUUAUUAUUAACUUGCUGAUUUUAUCAGUAUUUUAAGUUCAAAAAUGCUAAAUUAUCAUUACCACUAGCAGCUUAUUACUGCUAAAAUAGAAUGGUUUAGAUAGCAGAGUAAAUCACUUGCCGUACCCCUUCUGUUUUGGUUAUCUUUUUUUGAAACAUUAAAUAAUGUUUCAGAGACAAUGUGCAAUAUUUUGUUGAAAUUCUUUACAUGUUAAAUAUGUUGAUUGGUUGUUCUAUACAUAUACAGAUAUUAAAUGUAUGUAAUACUUUUUUAUAUACUGUUAAUACAACAUUUUGUUAGGAAGUGUAUGUAGUGGCUAGUCUGAUUAAAAUCACCUGUUACAUGGCUACUGGUUCAGGGCUUGUAUAUUGUAGCCGAUUUUAAUCCAAUUGGAAUUAUAUUUUGGGUAUAGAGGCUUGGUAUGGAAUAAAAAAGUCAGGGCCUGGUUUUCAGAACUUUGUAAAUCUAGGCUAGCUUAAUUAUAUUUUAAGGAACUACAGAUUUUUUUAAAAUGUUCAACUUCAUGAUGAUGGAAACUUGCCUCUCUUGCUACACUGUUACAUUAAUUCACUAGUCAUUUUAUUGAUUGAUUGGAUCAUGAUGAACUCAGUCAUGAUUGACAUAACAUGAACAUGCUUCUCAAUUUUUCAGUCUGACUGCCAUCAAUAUUUCCAUUACGCU